CUGAGCUCAACAAACCAUGAAGUCUCCUGGAAAGUCCUUGCAGGAAGUUCUGGUCUGCGCUCAGAGCGAACACCGCCUCACUGUUGGCGUCUAUGAAAGUGCAAAGAUCAUGACAGAAGACCCGGACAGCGUGUCGUUCUGCGUCCUGGCCACGGACGAGCAGUUCCAGUGGGACGUGGCCCUGCAGAUCCACUUCACCCUCAUCCAGUCCUUCUGCUUCGACAACGACAUCAGCAUCGUCAGAGUCAGCGACACGCAGCGUCUGGCCGCCAUCGUGGGAGACAAGCAGGAAGACGCGCACUGCGUCCUCAUCACGAACCCGGCCGACGGGUCUUGGGAGGACCCGGCUCUGGAGAAGCUGCAGCUGUUCUGCGAGGAGAGCCGGCGGCUGAACGACUGGGUUCCUGAGAUCAGCCUCCCCGAGCGCUGACCCGGCUCUCCGCCUGAUCCCUUCACACCUGGAGAUCCUCGUCCCGACCGGGACGGUUCCGGUUCUAUUCCCGGGCGCUCCUGAGGAGCCGGCAGGCCCGG